GGGAAACCAGCAGCUCUUGGCGGCAUUCCAAGCAGCCGGCCGCUGAGCGCGUGUCCCACAUUCGCGACUUUCAGUCGUUUUAGUUGAUAUCCGCGAGCGAUCAGCCGCGACGCUACCAGUACUGAGUUUCCAGGGCGGUAUCCCACCGUGAGAAAAGCAAGAAGUAAUGGCUUCCAUGUUGAGGACAGUGAAACGCUUCGACUACCUGGUCAUCGGCGGCGGGUCAGGCGGUAUCGCGAGCGCCCGGCGAGCCGCCGAGUACGGGGCUAAAGUGGCUCUCAUCGAGCACGGUCCGCUGGGCGGGACGUGCGUGAACGUCGGCUGCGUACCGAAGAAGCUGUGCUUCUACUGCGCCAGCAUGGCCGAGAUGAUGAAGGACCUGAAGGACUACGGAUUCGACACCGCCGCCGCCGCCGCCCCUCGCGUCAACUGGGCCGCCUUCAAGGCCAAGCGCGACGCUUACAUCAAGCGCCUGAACGGCAUCUACGGGACGAACCUGGCCAAGAACCACGUGGAAAUCGUGAAAGGGCGCGCUGUGUUCGUCGGUCCGAAGACCGUGCACGUUGGCCAGAACGCGUACAGCGGCGAGCACGUUUUGAUCGCCACCGGAGGCGAGCCCCUAGUUCCCAAAGUUCCAGGAGCCGAAUACGGCAUUACCAGCGAUGGCUUCUUCCAGCUGGAAUCACUGCCCAAGAAGUGCGUCGUGGUCGGCUCGGGCUACAUUGCCGUCGAGCUGGCCGGAGUGUUCCAUGCGCUUGGCACAGACGUGACCCUGGUCACACGCACGGAGCAUAUCCUACGAGCCUUCGAGCCGACGCUGGGCAACACGCUCAUGGAGCACAUGGCCUCCGAGGGGGUCCACUUCGAGAAGAACUGUACGGUCGCCAGCAUCACCAAGGUGGCCCACUGGUACGAGGUCGUCACGACGACGAAUAAGAAGAUCCAGGAGGUCGACUGUGUCCUCUGGGCCGUGGGGCGCAAGCCAAACGUCAACAUUGGCCUCAACCAUACCGGCGUUGAGCUUGACAAUACUGGUCACAUCAAGGUAGAUGAAUAUCAGAACACGACUCAACCGGGCGUCUACGCGCUAGGCGAUGUCUGUGGCAAGUGGCUGCUGACGCCCGUUGCCAUAGCGGCGGGACGCUGCCUCUCGGAGCGCCUCUUCAACAAGAAACCAAACUGCAAACUUGAGUACGAGAACAUUCCGACUGUAAUCUUUAGCCACCCGCCCAUUGGAACCAUCGGGAUGACCCUAGCUCAAGCCGAAGCCAAGUACGGGGCGCAGAACAUCAAGACAUACAGGAGCACCUUUGUGCCCAUGUACUACAGCAUGACCGAGCGGAAAGUCAAGUGCGUCAUGAUACUUGUGUGCGCCGGGCCUGAAGAGCGGGUGGUCGGCUUGCACAUGAUUGGCGAUUCUGUUGAUGAAAUCCUGCAAGGAUUUGGCGUCGCCAUCAAGAUGGGGGCCACGAAGGCACAGUUUGACAGCUGCGUUGCCAUCCAUCCGACGUUGGCCGAAGAGUUGGUGACCAUGCGGUGACGCCCACAGUUGACUCGCAAUUUUCUAAAAAUUCGCGCGACAGCAACGUUUUGUAGUGUCGCGAUGUUUCUGUGAUGGUUGUGACGAUCGGGGUAGAGCGAGAGGGGGGAUUUCCAAGCGAAAUGUUGACCAAAAACACGGAACUUAUUUUAACUGUGGGGUCCAGCCAGCACUGAUAAGAGCAUUCCUGCGCACUCAUUAAUCCAUUGCAUUUCAACGUUAUUUAAUUUGCGCUCAUUUGAACAAAGUAAACCUUGCAAAGUUGGUCAGAAAUCAAUACACCAUGAAUGCAAGGUUCUUUUUUUAGAGCUUUGGUGUGAGAACACCAAAAACUAUAAAAAAAACGGUUUGAUCUAAUUUAUUAAGUGUUAUGUCCAGUGGUUUGCCGCUAAGUAUGGCAGCUAAACACGUUGUAUAGGUGCGGCAACAAGACAAACUUAAUGCUGCAAGUACUUCAUCUGUACUGCGACUGCAUGUCCCCGUAUUUUCUCUUAGAUAAUUAAAGACAGAUACAUUGAACAAAGCGUGGCAAGUAUUAAGAGCAGCACUGCAUUGCGUAUGCCUGAUGUGUAUAGUACACAUUUGCAUAACUGAACUGGUUAUGAGAAAUUGCACGCAUGAAGUCAACAAAAGUAUUAAAAGGAGCGAUUUGAUGUAUUACAAUGGUCCAAAUGUGCUUUGUCCUUGCAUUACGUACUGUGUCCCGACACUUUUGCAAUGAUGUCUUGUAAAAUGUGUUUUUCACAACUUGAAAUAAAAGCGAUACUAUACCUGUG